CCCUUCUGCCCCUUCCGAACUGCUCCUCUGCCUCGAUUAGCGUCGGGGUCGCUUUCCUUCUAUAGGCUUUCAGGACUCAGAUUCUCCGCUUCACGGAGUCUUAGGACAAAAUGGCGCUUGCACGGGCAGCCGAGGACAGGCACGACUCAGCCAUGAGCUUUGAGGCGGGCCGGGACAAAGGCUGCGUACUGGGAGACGGAGGCGGGGCCCUGCGGCGUUGCUGCCUCCGCGUGGGGCGGGCGCGGGCGCUUCCUGCUUGUGCUGGGGCUGUGCGAGUCCUUGAGAUACUGUUAGCGUGGUGGGGGCGGGCAUGGAAGAAGUGGAGGUUUUGGUAUGAAUAGGAUUCGGAUCCACGUCUUGCCGACCAAUCGGGGGAGGAUCACCCCAGUGCCCAGAUCUCAGGAGACCCUGUCUUGUUCAUUCACUCAUCGCCCAUGCUCGCAACCUCGUCUGGAGGGGCAGGAAUUUUGCAUUAAGCAUAUUCUUGAAGAUAAGAAUGCACCCUUCAAGCAGUGUAGUUAUGUAUCGACGAAGAAUGGGAAAAGAUGCCCCAGUGCUGCCCCAAAGUCUGAGAAGAAAGAUGGGGUGUCCUUCUGUGCUGAACAUGCCCGAAGGAAUGCCCUGGCACUUCAUGCUCAAAUGAAGAAGGCUGGUCCAGGCCCUAUGGGUGAAACACUCUUGUGCCAACUGAGCUCAUAUGCUAAGACAGAGCUAGGGUCUCAGACUCCGGAAAGUAGUCGCAGUGAAGCCAGCCGAAUUCUGGAUGAAGACAGCUGGAGUGAUGGGGAGCAGGAACCCAUUACUGUGGAUCAGACAUGGAGAGGUGACCCUGACAGUGAAGCUGAUAGCAUAGACAGUGAUCAAGAAGAUCCCCUAAAACAUGCUGGUGUCUACACAGCUGAAGAAGUGGCCCUGAUUAUGCGUGAGAAACUAAUUCGUUUACAGUCUUUGUACAUUGAUCAGUUUAAACGACUUCAGCAUCUGCUCAAAGAGAAGAAGCGACGUUACUUACAUAAUCGCAAAGUGGAACAUGAAGCUCUAGGUAGUAGUCUCUUGACUGGCCCAGAGGGACUUUUGGCCAAAGAACGAGAGAACUUAAAGCGGCUGAAAUGUCUUCGGCGGUAUCGUCAGCGUUAUGGAGUGGAAGCCUUACUACACAGGCAGCUAAAGGAACGCAGAAUGCUGGCCACAGAUGGUGCCGCCCAACAGGCCCAUACCACUCGUUCCAGUCAGAGGUGCUUGGCCUUUGUGGAUGAUGUUCGUUGUUCUAAUCAGUCUCUCCCAAUGACCAGACACUGCCUUACUCAUAUUUGUCAGGACACGAAUCAGGUUCUCUUCAAAUGCUGCCAGGGGUCUGAAGAGGUACCCUGCAACAAACCAGUUCCUGUAAACCUCUCUGAGGAUCCCUGCUGCCCACUGCAUUUCCAGUUGCCUCCUCAGAUGUAUAAGCCCGAGCAGGUACUGUCUGUGCCAGACGAUCUGGGAGCCGGCCCCAUGGAUCUGUACUUGAGUGCUGCUGAGCUUCAGCCCACUGAGAGUUUACCUCUGGAGUUCAGUGAUGACUUGGAUGUUGUGGGUGAUGGUACGCAGUGCCCUCCUUCACCCUUGCUUUUUGAUCCUUCACUGACCCUUGAAGAUCAUUCAAUCAAAGACAUUGCUGAAGGCACAGUGGAUAUUUUGGGCCAGAUGCAGAUGGUCGGAGAUGGGUGCAGAUCACAGGGAUCUCGAAAUUCUGAGAAAGCCUCUGCAGCAUUGCCUCAGAGUGGAAUGGCUACUGCAAAUGGGAAGCCAGAACCCACUUCUAUCAGUUGAUAGUUUGUUUUGGGAACCAUUUGACUUCGGAGGAUUUGAAUUUCCUAUUCUUUAAACAAGUACUUCUGACCAUCUCUCACUAAAGGACAACCCAGAUUUUGUUUUUCUUCUGGGUUACUGAGUGCUGUAGUCAAACAUAAACCAAAUUUUGGGGGAAGGGACCAAUAGUGUCUAAAAGUUGUGGGUGUCUUCCCACUCUGGCAAGGAAGAGAGAGAGAGGUGAAUCUGCUGUUGGGAUUGAGCAAAUAUUUGGGACUCUGCCCAAGAGGAGAAACAUCCUUGUAGGGGGAUCUCCCAAGUCUUGGAACAAAUCCACAUAGGUGUUUAGGUGGGAGCUGUGUACCCUUGGCAUAUUGAUGGACCUAGUGACUAGUUGCCACUGUUUAACAGCCUGUGUUUUAACCUUUCCUCACCUCUCACCCCAUUGGGUAAUAUGAACCCCCUUCUCCCAAUGAAUAGGCCACAGCAUUCAUCUUCUAACGUAUGUAAAUUUCUGUAGUGACUGUCUUAAUGUAAGAUACCAUAAAAAGUUAUAUAUAGUUUCUAUUAAAUGUUAAAAUGUUACGAAUAUAUAAAACACUUAAAUGCA